AUGUUCCUGACCUGGUCGAAGCCUUACUGGCGAGAUCCCAACCAACCAGUCUUAGCCCUACUCAUAUCUGUCGUCUCCACAGAUAUCAUCUCCACCAGGCUGUUUAGAGGUCAGCCAAAGAAAUCCUUCCACAUGCCCGGGACUAUAUUGAAUUUAGGCACAAUUCAAUCCAUACCUUCAUUGAUUCCCUUACAAAACCAUCAUGGCUUCAGGGGGAAACGGAACAUCUCCGAAAAUGCAAGGAUCGGGCGACCUUUCAACUGUUGUCGAAACUGUUAUGGAUACUUUACACUUCGAAAGGAUAUGCACUGCGUCAAUACCUACGAUCAUGUAACCUAUGUCGCUGGGUUCGGCAAUAUCUCGGCCGCUGAAAGAGCCCUUAAGCUUGCUCAAGAGCUACAAGACAUUGUCUCGGUCCUCCUGAAAUGA